AUGAAGAGAGGAAGUAGCCAAGUGGAUUCCAGAAUCGUUGGCUUCGACGAGUUCUAUCCUGCUCAAGGCCGACCUGAGGCUAUUCGUGAUGCUGGAAUGCAAGGCCUUCGCGAAUUUAUUGAGGAAUGGCCGACCGCGCGUUUAAACGAAUGCUGUGAUUUUCUUUGCGAGGAGUUUCACGUCAAUGUCUGUGUGUCUACAGCUUAUCGAGCGUUGAAAGCACUUAACUUGAUGCACAAACGGCUCACUAGAAUUAAUGCCAGACAGGAUAAAGACGAAGAGGCACUAGUCUAUGGCCGGGGGGGCCAAACGACAACCCCGUAUGGCUCUGUUUUGGGCUUCCAUCUGUGCGAUAUCCCUGCUGGGAAUGCAUGGUGCGGGAUGGCCCCUACAGCGACGAUAUCGUCUGCCCUAUCUCUAGAUGGGCCAUGGACUGGAUCCGAUCAGGCUGGGGAGGCGGCGCCGUACACGCUGCCGAAGGAACGAGACCACUUGCCCCCGGUCCUACUCGGCCACAUGGUCCACGGAUUGGAUCCGAUGACGGUGGCCUUUCAUGGGAUCCGAUCAAUGGACCAUCUCGAUAUCGAGGCCGGCGCCGUACACGCUGCCGAAAGAACGAGACCACUGGUCCCCAGUCCCACCUGGCCAUAUGGUCCACGGACUGGAUCCGAUGGCGGUGGUAUAUCGAGGCUGGCGCUGUAA